GCAGCGGCGGCGAAGGCAGUGGUGCCAUGAAUAGCGGACACCCAGCCUCAGCAGUGCAGCUGUCGGGAGUCGGGAUUCCCGGUGUCAAGGUGAAGUAUUGCCGAUACUACGCCAAGGAUAAGACUUGCUUCUAUGGAGACGAGUGCCAGUUCUUGCACGAGGACCCGUCCAUGGCAGGCCUGGUUCUCCACAGCGGCGGCAGUCCCGUACCGCUCUCACUGUCCACGGGUGCUCCUGUUUCAGGAUACACCCUUGGUGGAGCGGGGCCAAGCCCCGGAGCAGCAGGGGCUGGAGGAGGAGGCGGUAGCGGAGGACACGGUGCAGGUGGAAGUGUCGGUGCAGGAAGCAGUAUUGGUGUCGUGGGGCCGAAAAAGAACGAAAACAUGGGGUCGGCAGGACCAGGGUUGGAGGCGUCGCUACUCACUAUUCCAGGAUUGGAUGGAAGCUCUUUAGCAGAAGUUAAUCCUACAAACUCAUACUUCAGUAGUACUUUUAUUGGGCUGAAUGGAAGUCCUGCUGAACAUAAAUAUUCCAUGAUUCAGAGAAUGACUAGCAGUAGCAGCUCUCCCAGCCUACUAAAUGACAGUGCCAAGACAUAUAACACACAUGAUCUUGUAAAUUCACCUGCUUCUACUUCCUUGUUUAAUGAAUUUGCUGCUUUGAACAUAUCUCAGAGGAGAAAGGCACCAAACCCAGCAGCAAAUGAAUUUGUCCCUAAGGGGGCCACUACACCAAGGAUGAGUAAUGUGUCUCAGUCCAGUAUGUCUGCCUUUUCAACAGCCUUGUUUUCCCAUCCAUCUAUGGGUAGUACAUCAGCGGCUGGUUUAGCACCUGGAAUGUCUUUAUCAGCUGGGUCUUCUCCAUUGCAUUCGCCCAAAAUUACUCCCCAUACAUCACCUGCCCCACGUAGACGGAGCCAUACUCCCAACCCAGCAAAUUAUAUGGUGCCUACUAAUGCCUCUGCUCCAGGCUCUGAUUCAGCCGGGCAGUCUUCAGCAUCGCAGAUUAUUCAGAAGGAAACAGUGGGAGGAACCACAUAUUUCUACACUGAUUCAACUCCAGCUCCAUUAACAGGAAUGGUUUUUCCGACCUAUCACAUAUAUCCUCCAACACCACCUCAUGUUGCAUAUAUGCAACCAAAAGCAAAUGCACCUUCAUUUUUUAUGGCUGAUGAGCUUCGGCAGGAGUUGAUCAACAGGCAUUUAAUAACAAUGGCCCAGAUUGAUCAAGGUGAAAAUCCAGGGGUUCCUGCAGAAGUGGACAACUAUCAUAGCCUGUUUCCUUUAGAACCACUGCCACCUCCAAAUCGUCUUCAGAAAACAAGCAACUUCAGUUAUGUUACAUCCUGUUACAAAGCUGUGAAUAGUAAAGAUGAUCUGCCAUACUGCCUUCGCCGAAUACACGGAUUUCGUCUUGUUAAUACAAAAUGUAUGGUAUUAGUAGAUAUGUGGAAGAAAAUCCAGCAUUCCAACUUUGUUACAUUAAGGGAAGUGUUUACAACAAAAGCAUUUGGAGAACACUCUCUUGUAUUUGCUUAUGAUUUUCAUGCUGGUGCAGAGACCAUGUUUAACAAGCAUUUCAAUGAUCCCAGUGCAGAUUCAUAUUUCACAAAAAGGAAAUGGGCAGGUCAGCAUGAUGGGCCACCUCCACGGCAGCAUGCAGGCCUGUUACCAGAAUCACUUAUCUGGGCAUAUAUUGUCCAACUUAGCUCAGCUCUUCGAACUAUUCAUACUGCUGGGCUGGCCUGCCGUGUCAUGGACCCAACAAAGAUUCUUAUUACAGGAAAAACCAGAUUACGUGUGAAUUGUGUGGGAAUAUGUGAUGUCUUAACAUUUGACAACAGUCAGACAAAUCCAUUGGCAAUGAUGGCUCAGUACCAGCAAGCAGAUCUCAUAUCUUUAGGGAAGAUUGUGUUGGCGCUAGCUUGUAAUUCAUUGGCAGGAAUUCAAAGAGAAAAUCUUCAGAAGGCAAUGGAACUGGUGUCAAUAAACUACUCUUCUGACUUAAAAAAUCUUAUCUUGUAUCUCCUAACAGACCAAAACAGACUGAGGAGUGUAAAUGACAUAAUGCCUAUGAUUGGUGCAAGGUUUUACACUCAGUUAGAUGCGUCACAGAUGAGAAAUGAUAUUAUUGAAGAAGACUUGGCAAAGGAAGUACAAAAUGGCAGACUAUUCAGACUGCUCGCAAAAUUGGGAACCAUCAACGAAAGGCCAGAGUUCCAAAAGGAUCCAUCAUGGUCAGAGACUGGUGACAGAUAUUUGCUUAAACUCUUCAGAGAUCAUCUCUUCCAUCAGGUGUCAGAAGCAGGUACCCCCUGGAUUGAUCUCAGUCAUAUUGUGUCCUGCCUAAAUAAGUUAGAUGCUGGUGUGCCAGAAAAAGUAAGUUUGGUUUCCCGAGAUGAGAAGAGCAUUCUUGUUGUUACUUAUGCUGAUUUGAAACGGUGCUUUGAAAAUACGUUUCAAGAACUCCUGGCAGCUGCAAAUGGUCAGUUGUAGUAUUUGCUGGAAUUGUGACAGAAAUCACCUUGGAACUAAAACAAUAGCAAGUUGCACUACAACUGAUGAGUCAUCUCAUUUCACUUAAAAAAAA